CGGGCUCUUUUGCUAGUCUCUCCUUAAUAAUAAAGCACGGAUUGGGUCUCCGGGUUCACCGUAGCGGCUUUUUUGCAUAAAGGUCCCUAUGGUUUUUAGGAAUGAAACCCGCCGUCCCUAUUUAAGUGGAUGUGGGAAAACGUUUCGGUUUUGCAAAACGAACCCUGCCCUUUUUAGUAUGCCCUUUUGAGUAUUCCACCCGUGAUCCCGCACGACCCCUCCCAUCUCAUCUCCACCUCCAGUGCGCCGCCACCCUCUGCCACGCUGCUGCGCCGUCGGACCCCGCCUCACCGUCGCGCCGCCGGAACCUGCCCCGCCGUCGAGCCUACCCCUACCCCAAGUGCCCCCUCCCACGCGUCCUCCCCCCGCCGGCGAAACUCGAUGCCGCGGCGGCGACCGGCGUCACCGCUGCCUGUCGCCGGUUCUGGUGACUGCCUUCCGCGGGUGGGAUCUGCUCCUCCUGCGGGUGUUGGUGAGGCGGUGGGAUUUGACAGGAUCGUGGGGAGGAGGAGGCCGCUGGACUGAACGGGGAUCUCGUGCCGCCGGACAGCCAGGGAACAUGCGGCCGAGGUGCCGAUGCGGGGCGUGCGAGCUCGGCCGCCGGUGAGCUCGUGCUCCUCACCGCUGGAGCUCGUCAAGACCACCGUGUGCAUCUUCGCGGGACGCGUCUACUCUAAUGCAAUGGAGCUCGUCGAGGUAGCGCCCCCUCCAUCUCUCUCAUGCUCUAGCUGUACCGUCCAGCCGUGGUGAGUUUUAUUCCUCACGAAUUUGAUGCCCAGUUUGCUGCUUACUACACUAGCGCGUGAGAGAACUGAAACUCUGUUCAGAGAUGUCCUAGCUAGAGUGCAUGUCACAGGGAUUCGAUCAAUUAGCUGUGCCGUUCACAUGCAGCGUCAUGGACUGUCAACUGUAGUGUUCCUUAAUUAAACUAAUUCCUACUAGGGUGGCACUAAUGUGAAAGUCUUCAUUUGUACACUGCUCAUGUUUUGUACAUUCUGGUUGAUUGAUUAUAUUAAAACCAGAGCAAUCUUUGUGGUUUAGUACUCCUGUAGCUCUCCUCUGCUCACCUCAUGUGGAUAUAACAAAUAAUUAGUUGUGGUAGUACUAAUUCCAAUUUUCCAAGCAAGCCUGUAGCUCAGGUUCACCAGAUGCAGUGAUGUGAUCUGAUCUCUUUUCCUCCGCGGGGUAAAAGACCAUGCUGGAUCGCCAGCUUCCUCCAACGGCAAGUUAACUACCAUGAAUUCUGGGUACGUAUUUCUGCCGCUGCUCAUAGGUAAAUUUGAGGUGUACUGAUAUCCUCAGGUUUGUUUCUUCCAACCUUAAUUCUAUGUAUGUGUUUCUUCCACCCUGAAGUUGGAUGCAUGGAUGCAAUUAGUAGAUGCAAGAUAUUUGAAGCGUGAGGUAACAUAAUGUUCAGAUUCAGAUCAGAUGAGAAACUGAUGACACGAGCACACAUCAGAUUAUAAGCUUUGGAGCCAAUUGCUUCAUGUAAUUAUAUUAAGAACGGAGAAAUCAUAGCAUGCAGCGCCUAACUGCAUACCGGCCAGCUGCUAAUAAGCUCAUGUCUUAUCUCCUAUGAAUGGCCACUGUCAGCACAUAGCCGCACUUUUUUGGGACAGUCUGAUUAUAGUUUGUUGUUCUGGGAUAAUUUAAAACACUUAAUGCUUGAGUGAAUAAAUUUAAUAUUACAGUCAGCUGUUCAAUCGAAAAUCUUAGCUGAAGUAACAAAAUAAACUGUAAUAUUGCGAUUGUCAGAUAGUGCUGCAAGAGAACUGACCUACAACAAUGUCCUAGAAACUUAGGUACUUUUUUCUGGAAUAAAAACAAAUGUGUUUCCUCCUUUAUUCGCAAAAAUAUGUGUUUCCUCUUCUGUGUCGCUUUAGUCAUUUAGUUCAUAUUGUUCAGUACUAUGGGUUCCAUGGGCAGCAUGGUAGCAGUUCUGUUAUAUCAAAGAAACACACACAUUUCCUUAGAUUAUACAUUGUUUUCAGAUUAGGAAAGGUGGUGCCAUGGGAGCUAGAGUAAUUGUCAUUUACUUGAGGUGCAGAUGGUUUUACGCUCAAAACAUAUUGAUAUCUAUUCAGUGAAAGUAGGUUACAUUUUUGUUUCACAAACUAUUUAAAGUUUCUGAGCUAAGAUUUUAUAAUGUGGAUUGACUACGGAGUUCAACCAUCGUUGAUAUGUGUGAUUGUGCUGUGCGUCUUCCAAGAAUAAUUAUAAAAUUUAUUUUUUUUCUCUCCCGUUGCAACGCACGGGCAUGUGUGCUAGUCUCUCCCUAAUAAUAAAGCACGGAUUGGGUCUCCGGGUUCACCGUCGUGGCGUUUUUUAGAAAAGUCCUACUAUUUUGGGUAUUCAACGCGCAGUACUCGGAAUAAGUUAACCCGAACCGGUACAACCGAGAAAAAAGAAAGAAAAUCGACCCUCGCACAGCCCUGCCUCCCAAUCCCCGUCUCCACCUCCAGCCUCGCGCGCCGCCGUGCGCCGCCACCGCCCACCACGCCGGCACGUCUACCCCUGCACGACCGGCUACAUGUCGACGACGCUCGAGUGCACCUUCUUGAUCAAGGAAACGCGGCGGCUCGAGCGGUUGGGGGCAGCACGGCGGCUCGAUGCGGAACGGCAGCGGCGGCGGCUGGAGCUUGCAGGGGCUGGGAGGCUGGUUCGAAGGCGGGCGGCGAGGCGGGGGAACGGCAAGGAAAGCUGGAGCGAGGGAUCCGGCGACCUAGGCAGGAGCUCGCCGGAGCCGGGCGAUGGCGGACGGGCGCGCGAGGCAGAGGGAUCCGAUGCGGCGGUUCGAAGUCCUUGCAGGCAAAGGCGGACCUCCAUGGCUGGCAGGGGGGGCUCCAAGGCCAUGGCGGGGCUUCGGUUUUUCCCUGGUAUAGAAAAGAGAAACAGAAGAGGAUUCAGGGAAAAGAAGAAUGGGGAUUCAGGGAGAAGAAGAACGGUGGAAGAAGGAUGGCUGGCCUCCUCGGCGCAUGCCAUACGAUAAAGGUUCAUAUCAGACAAGGCAACCACAACAGUACAGCCAUGAUAAUCUCAUGGGUGACAACAGUCAGAACCUGGAUCGAGCACUGUGUUUUACGGGACUUUUUUUUUUCGAAACGGAUUUACGGGACUUCAGAAGAUAAUCUCAAUUGUUCUGCAAAGGGAAAGCAUUCGCAGUAUACGUUCUACAAAUAUACCUCGAGAUACGUUCAUCAUUGUACAAUCAAGAACCUGAAGUUUGACACAAAGUAUUACUAUGCCGUUGGAACUGAAGAGACGCUGAAAAAGAUUUGGUUUAGGACCGCUCCGAAAAGUGGCCCAGAUGCAUAUACAUUUGGUCUGAUAGGUGAUCUCGGUCAGAGUUUCGACAACAAUGUCACGCUCGCUCAUUAUGAGUCCAAUGCGGACGGCAUGGCAACAAACGCGCGCCCCCCUCCUCCCCCGCGCCCGUCAACCCACCAGCCUCUCCCGGCGCGUGCCAUUCCGGGCUCGCCGGCCACCAUCAGCUCCCUUUCCCUGCGCCCGUUCCAGCUGCCGCCGCCGCCUGCCCGCCUGCCGGAAAAUUUCUUUCCGGUCGUCCUACCCCUGUCUGCUGCUGCGUCGCCUGUGGCCGAUCUAGAUCCGCCCUCCCCGGCCUCGCGUGCGCGGUUCCGCGCUGCUGUGCUUGCUGGCGAGGUUCUGGAGACGCCGCCUACCCUUCAAGGCGGGGGCGUGCGCGUCGCCUCCAUCAUCGUCGCGUCCGACGCGGCUUUGCUGCGCAUUAAUGAAGAAGCUGUCAUCAAUGCGCGCGACUGCACGGGCGGCGAUGGGACGCCGAUGUUCCUCCAGGCCGGGUCUUCCGCUGCCAACGCCGCCCGCGCGCGGUGACUUGAAGAUGGCGUACGAGAUGCGCCCUUGGAGCCUGGUUGGACGCGCGUCGGGCCGCCGCCCGGUCCCCGUCCUCAGCGACAGCCUCCUCUGCCCCCUCCCCCUCCAGCUCCUCGUAGGCGGCUUCAAAUCCCCCUCCAUUUAGUGGGCAAGUGCUUUCAUUGUUUCUCCCCACUCCACAGAGCCAAAGAUUGCAAGGAAGAGGUGAGGUGCAAUAGUUGUUUCAGAUCCGGCCACCGUGCAAAAGGCUGUCCUAGCAGGGGGCGACCGACUCAACGGCAAGCUCGGGCGACCACUCCAGCUCCUCGUCCGGCCGCUCCGUCGACAACCAGCCCCCGCGGCCUCCCUUCAUCACCGACUGCUCCGGCGCCCCUUGUUCGGUCGUACGGCGACGCCCUCGUCAUGCCUAGGCUGGGUGACCCGCACUCCAGGCCGGCCAUGGGGCGCGUUGUGGUGCCAGCCACGCCGGAGAUGGACGUGCAAGCCGACGCUCUCACCACCAACUGCGUCCUCAUCUCCUUGGGAGGAGAUCGCCGCCCAGCUUCGUCUUCGUCCGUCGCCGACGCACUGCACAAGGAGUUCAACAUCCCUUUGUCCAUGCUCACCGUCGUCAGGCACUUCCCGGAGGACUACCUCGCAACGUUCACUCAUCCUCACCACCGCGACGACGUCGUCAACCGCGGGAACUUCCGGCGCGACCGCCUCGAGCUCCACCCCAAGCCCUGGAUCAUGGAGGCCCAUGCCGAGCAUGAAGACAUGAAGCACCACGUGCAGCUGAGCCUGGAGGGAGUCCCGCUGCACGCCUGGAACGCCGACACGAUCAGUCGUGUCAUCGGAGUCGACUGCGAGCUGGACUACGUGCUGCCCCGCUCCACGCGCCAAGAGGAUGCCAGGACUCUGGGCAUCUGGGCUUGGGCGACAAACCCAAGCGCCAUCCCGCGCGUCAUGCACCUCACGCUGCCGGCGAGACGUGGUCCGCAGCGGGUGCCAGCUCGGGGGCGGUGCCGGCUUCGCUACCGCGUCAUCGUCCACUUGGGUCUCCACGAAGACUUCUCCAAUGUGCGCGAUGACGACUCCAGGGCAAACGCGGACAUCAAUGAGUUCACCUGGGUUCAUGGCAUCGUCGACGGCGACCGUGUGUCGACGGAGCGUCGUGAGGAGCCUCGCGACGACUCGGGGCAUGGUUGGCGUCGUGAUGAAGAAGAUGAUGAUGCCGCGCGGCGUGGCCGCGACCAGGACCGCGACAACAGGGGCUCGAGGUGGUUCGGCCGCAGCCGGUCUCGUGCCUCCCGUGACCAGGCUCGUGACCGCGGCGGCGACCAAGGCCGCGGCGGUAAUGAAGGUCGGGAGGGGCGUGACGGCCAUCGCCGCCGGGGCGCUGUGGUUCACUCAUCGACCAGCCCUGUGCGCAGCCCUCGCGGCGGCUCGUCCCGCUGCACGCAUCCCCUCGACGCGGCACGCUCCAUCUCCCCAACGUCUGUCCUGCCGACCCCGCCGUCGCCGGUGGACGCGCCCACCCCGGCCUCCGGCAUCGUCUUGCGCAUCCAGGCGCCUCUGACGCCCGCCACGGUGGUGGCCACGGCCACUCCCCCACGUCCACCUGGCUUUGAGCAGUCCCCAGCUCAGGUCACGCCGCCCCUCGUCUCCGGCCAGCCCGCUCGCCGCUCUCCAUCACCGACAGGCCACACCAACGACAGCCUGGCGCCCCUCUUUGUGCAGCCAGAGGCACCGCUCUUGGCUGGGCAGCCCCGUGCCCCGCCCAAGAGCCUAGCCAACCGGAGGAAGACUUUGGCUGGUGUGGCCAUUGACACCAACCCAGGGUUCUCCCUGCGUCGCACCACUGCUCAUGUCAAGGAGCGUCAUGUUGCUGUUCCGGUCACAAGGGAGGCUGAGAAGCUGGUCUGCCGGAGCCUCGGCAUAGUGCAGGAUGGUAAGGAUGUCACCAAGGACGCUCUGGAGGAGCUGAGUCGCCGCUUCCAACACGAGUUGUCGCCCUCGGUUCUGUCGGCGCUCUGUUCGUUGUUCAAGCUCGAUGACGAGGAUGCCACGGCGAUUGAAGAUGCUCUGAUUAGCCGCGGUGGCCAGGCUGCCAUGGACCAUGCGGCUGUUGCUGGUGAGGCAACAGGAGAGGUCUGACUGCCUCGCAAAAGUC